UACUCUGCCCUCAACCAUAACGCAUUAGUGUCGUAAAGUUGCAGGGACUGUAGUAGUUGUAAGUUUCCUUCCGUUUAAACUCGAUUAAGUGGCUUUGGGUCACACCGUGGAUCGCUGUGCAGUGGAGCUGGUCCUCGGAGAGCGGCUGCUGUGGCUGCUUCCCGCCUGCCGAUGGCUAAUGACAGGCUGAGAGCGCUGGAGGAUGUGGAGAAGGAGAUAGCGAUGGUGCUGCAGUGUGCCGGUAAUAUUGUUCUUGAACUCUCCAAAGAUAAACACAAUGCCAGCUUCCUGGACAGACAGCUCAUCCAGUUCCAGAACUCAGUCAGCCGAGUGGAGAACGAACUAAGUGCCCAGAUCCGCUACCUUACACAGGUAGCGACUGGUCAGCCGCAUGAAGGUUCUACCUAUUCAGCCAGGAAGGACUGUCAGAUGGCACUGAACCGAGCCGAGUAUGCCAAGGUCAAAUUGGGAGAACUGGGACGCACCUGUGAAGUCAUGCUGGAGCAGCAGCAGCAGCAGACAUGAGAGUCAGCUGGUUGCUGGGAUUGAGAUCAUUGUGCUUGGACUGGCACAGCACUUUCAGAUACCUAAUGCAACAGCAUUUCUACGUAUUCCCUUCGUGUGUCACCACCGCUCAAGUUUUCACAGCCCUUCUCACUGUUGUUAAAAUACUGACGUGUCCCAACAAAUGUAAACAAAAACUCAAGGAAAGAAAAAAGCGUUUUUAUACGGGGGUCUGUGUAUGUUGUGUUUCUGGGUGAUUUUGUUAUCAGUUUAAGGAUCAGCUCAUAUGUAGAAACUGUCGAUACUUUUAAUAAAACAACGAAUCAUCUUUUGGGGAAAAA